CAGUCAGUAUUUGCAGCAAAUUGCGCUGACAGUUAUCUGGAGCAGUGUAAUCGUAAUUUUGACCGACUAGGUGAUGACCAGUGUACCCGCCGCGUGACUAUGACUGCUCGAUGACCGCGGGUACAUUUCACAACCUCAUUUUGUCUUUGUCGACGUCGUCUAUUUAAACUCCGCUGAACAGACGGAUUGCGCAGUGAGGGUCAAUCUCUUGUGAGCAAAAGUAUUAAGAGCUUAGUUAAGUCGACUUCUUUACUAAAGUACAAGGCAACAUGAAUAGUUACAAGUCUCUCGGAGUAUUUCUAUUAGUAGCCGUCCUGUCAGGACAUGCCCUGGGGGCGGUUAUUACUUCAAGUGUUGGUGUAGAAGAAUAUGCCGCUGAUGCAACAACCGCGAGCUCAACUGUAAUGUCCACAGCUGGAACAACAGCGACUGUAAUGCCCACUACAGCAACAGCAGGUAUGACAACGGCAACAAAAGAUAUGACGACAGCAACAAAAGAUAUGACGACAGCAACAAGAGAUAUGACGACAGCAACGAAAGAUAUGACGACAGCAACAAGAGAUAUGACGACAGCAACGAAAGAUAUGACGACCGCAACCGAAAGUAUGACGACAGCAAACGGAAGCAUGACAACAUCAAUGGCCAAUGACACCACAUCAAGUCACAAUGGUACAUCUGAAAUGACCCCAGUAACAAUGAUACCAGACUUCAAUGGAACAACAGUCACUAUCACCCCCAGCGACAUUAACGGGACUACGAUGCCAAGCCAUAUGACGUCCCCAGCCCAUCAUACCUCAAAGGCACCAACACCGGCACCAACACCGGCUGCUUCGAAGGGUGGCUUUAGCGGCGCGUCUUUUGGUGGUGGAAUCGCACUCGGAGCCGGCUUAUUUCUUCUGUCUGGCCUUGCAUAUUGUUGCAUAAAGAAAAGAGCAGAUGGGAGAAGACCGUACUCCGCAGUACAAUGACAAUCAUAGGAACAGUGCUAAAACAAAAAACAUAAUCAGUGAACAUAACGUAGUCUUCAGCCAUCACAUUUCCCACAAGAAAAUUUUCCCUCAGAAUAUGAUAGAUUUUCCAAAUCAUUCGGGUGUUUUAUAUCAUAGGUGUAUGUGGUGACCUUAUUCAGCUCAAGGACUAGCAGUACUCACACUGGAGAAUUUAUCAUCGAUCCACAAAGACUUUACUUUCUUAAUAAUCCUGUCGAGUGUUAUAGAUCAGAAGCGUAGAACGGCUUUAGCUGUGGGAUAAAUUUAGUAAUGUUAGGGUAUACAUAUGUAAAACACACACAUUUACUCAAAUCGUGUUUGAACAAUGCUCGGAUUUCUUUUGUACACAAUUAUUUACAUCUAUAUUUUAUUUUAUUUAUUUUGACAUACUCAUAAUGCAUCAUACAUACUUUUCCUGGUUAUUUAUUACUUGUCGUCGAAUAGGUCAAUAUUACUCAUGUUUUGAUAGAGAAGAAGGAAGCAGAAAAAGUUGAGGGAAAGCAAAAUCACAUAUUGAGAGAGACAGAGACAGAGAGAGACAGAGAGAAAGAUACAGAGAGUAAGCGAGUGUGAUGUAAGUAAGUUGUCAAAAAGAAUAUUUCAAAGCGAGUCGUUGCAACAAAGACAAUUUUCUUAAAUGAAUAAAUGUACAUUUUAUUACAUUAUA